AGCAGGGAGGAGUUUACCCGUUCAGCUCGGAGGUCAGCGAGCAUUCUGGAGGAACAACCACAGAUAUGCGCUCUUUCAGUUGUCAGACACGCUGUGCGAGGUGAAACUAUUUCACUAACUUUUAUUUACUAAAAACGAUCCCCAAAAAAUCCUCAAAGUGUAUUUCUGCGGAAGGGACAGUCGGAAGUAAGGGGUAUUUCCAUCCUGUGGAACAUAUUCCGUCACUUGUCGCUUGGCAGGUGACUCUGCACAGCCCCGGUGACAGUUGCAACCUGGGAUAUGUUUAUACAGCUUAGGCGUCAUAGCCUAUUUGGGACUGCCUUGCCCUUUCAAUAACUAUGCGUUUCCUGCUCCUCUUCAGUCGCCAGGGCAAGCUCCGUCUCCAGAAGUGGUUCACGCCCAUCCCCGAGCGAGAGAAGAAGAAGAUCACCAGGGACAUGACCACCAUGGUGUUGGCACGGAAACCACGCUCCUGCAACUUCCUGCACUGGAAAGACCUGAAGAUCGUCUACAAGAGGUAUGCCAGUCUGUAUUUCUGCUGUGGUUUGGAUGCUGAGGAGAAUGAACUUCUAGCCUUGGAGAUGCUGCAUCGCUAUGUGGAGCUGUUGGACAAGUACUUUGGCAACGUGUGUGAGCUGGACAUUAUCUUUAACUUUGAAAAGGCCUACUUCAUCCUGGAUGAGUUUCUAUUAGGGGGAGAGGUACAGGAGACGUCCAAACUAGUGGUGGCCCGCUCCGUCGAGGCCUCGGACAUGCUACAGGAGACCAUGGAGGAAUACAUGAGCAAGCCUGCAUUCUAACACUGGGGGAAAUGGAUCUACACACACCAGAAGGAUUCUGGACAAUUACAGAAGUGGAGGUCUUACUACUGUACAGAACCAUGGAGUUAUGAGUUGUAGAAUGAGGGUGUGUUUUUAAAUAGGGAGGUACAGUGAAAUGUAUCUUGUUUCUGCAAAUAGGACAAUAACAUGAUGACCAAUAAAUUGGUAGAAGACGCUCAUUGAUUGGGCUAUUAUGAAAUGUAUAUUGAUACUGUAUGAUCACCCAUCCCUCUAGAUCGUUGAUGUACAUUGAAGUUACUGAAAACUGUGGUUAUGACAAUCAUAAUAGUUCACCAACAAGUACUUUAUAAUCAAUACUCAGAUUAUGUACACUGUAUUGACAUUUUAACAAGUGCCUUUUUAGAAAUAUGUAUUUGAAGUUGUGUUUUAAAUGUAUCUUGUGUAGACUAGUCUUUCUCUGUGUGACUUGGUGUAGGAUUACACCUUCUUGGAAAGGGAGUGAUUAUUUCUCUGGGUGAAUGUCACUGUUAUUUUGUUUUAUAUAACUAAUUAUAGAUCUUGAAUGUUGAAGACUUUGGAAUUAAAAUGUGUAUUUUGAUA